GUCCCAAACGUCCUUGAGGUCAUUUCAAGGCUACUCAAGAACUAAUGACGUCUGAUACAUCCGAGGGUAGAACGAUAUUCAUAAGAAAUUUAUCUUUUGACCUGAGCGAAAAGGCAUUAUACGAAUUCUUUUCACAAUUUGGACCGCUAGAAUUUGCAAAAAUAGUUAAAGAUCCAGCAACGCGACAUUCGCGUGGUUCAGCUUUUGUUAAAUUUGUAAAUGUGGACGAUGCAACAUUUGUCUUAGAACAAUCUGAAAAACCUGAGAAUGCUCAUCAAUUUUCACUGGAUAAUCGAACCUUAAACAUAUCGAUUGCUGUGUCGAGAACGGAGGCACAAAAUCUACGGAAAAGAAAACAUGAAGUCGAUGAUCCUGAGGAGUUGUCUGUUGGCCCUGCAGAUGCUAUCAAACAAAAAGGUCGUAAUUUACAUUUAGCAUCUAUUGGAAUUAUUCGUCCUGGUUCAUUGGAAGCGAAAGGUUUAAGUAAAGAAGAUUUAUCUAAAAGAGAUGCAUUAUUACAAGAGAAGAAGAAAAAAUUAACUAAUCCAAAUUAUUUUAUUAGUGAUGUUCGAUUGUGUUUACGGAAUUUACCAUUACAUAUCACAGAUAAUGAUUUAAAGAUGGCUUGUUUAAAAUUUCUAAAGAAUACUACUAAUCAUCCAAUUUUAGAAUGUCGUAUUAUGCGUAAUCUUCAACCAGGCAAACAACAAUAUCGUUCAUUAGGUUAUGGAUUUGUUGGAUUGAAUAAUCAUGAAAAUGCAUUAAGUGUAUUACAUGGUUUAAAUAAUAAUCCAAAUGUAUUUCCACCAAGUAAUCGACGACCAAUCGUUGAGUUUUCAGUGGAAAACAUGAAAGCGUUACAAUUGAGACAGAAAAGAGCUGAAAAAUGUUUGAUGCUUCGAUCUAAAACCACAGAAUCAUCAUCAUCAUGGUCACCAUUGAAUAUUAACAGAACUAAUCAAAAAACGAAUACCGUUGGCAUCUCUAAAAAGUUUAAAUCGGAUAAUAAUAAAUUAUUAGCAAAAAAAGUCCAUUUGUCUAAAACACCACAUAAAUCCAUUGUACUACCGAAACAUUUCGGUCCAAAAAAACGUCAUCGUCAUCGUGGCCAAUCAUCUACAUUGUCUGCAGUAGCAUCAAAACCAAAAUACAAACAAACUCGUAAACAAAAACGUACAGCUAUGAAGAUGAAGAAGAAUACAUGAAAUGCACCCAAAAACACCCACCAAUCACUCUAUGUACAUAUACAGUGCUUGCAUAUGCAUUCUAUCUCAUCAUGUAUACACAUUCACACACACACGCGCGCACACACGAAAAUACAAAUUUG